AGUUUCGCCAACCCCCGGUGCACCAAUAGUCCACAGCACGUUCGAUAUGUUGGGAUCGACGGCGAUGCGCCCCACAACCUUGCUGACAUCCCACGGCUAAUUGCUUAUCUGAGAUCAUGCGCGACCGAGCGAACGUUUCGUAUGCACUUGAGAAAUACCGAUCGGUCUCGGUAGUGUUGUGCGCGAGUGUUUGUGUGAUGAGUCGUGCAGGGCAGUACAGGCUGCGAAAUCAAAUGACCACCACGGUCAUACCGCAUCGUGCAGAAGAAGGAAGCACACGGUGCGUAAGCCGUAGCGUUGGAAUUUGGCUGACGCAGACCCGAAACCGAGCAAGGGCUCACUUCCGGCCCAAUUUGUGCCAACCUCAGUGCCCAUGUGUGCGUAACUCUCGCGACACGACACGUUGAACAACUACCAAAGUCUAAGUGGCCGAUAUAGACGUUAUCUGUCAGAACCUGUGGUGUACCUUCUGAUAACGUGGCAAAAUGGACGGAUCGGGAAUUGAUUCGAAACAGCCGCAGGUAGAUGUCAUGUAGCGUGAAACAACGGGCGCAUUCCGCUGUUGCAUAUUGCACAAGUGUCUUCCGCCGGGCGUUUUGACGACGCUCAGUUUACACGUGCUGGUGAUCGGUUUUGGACGCGUGCGUGCAGUAAUGAUAUCCUGAGCCGAAGUGGUAUCUGAGUGUGUUUCACGUGUGUGUGUGCGCGCGCGUUGGAGCACCGGGAAAUUCCGUGAUUAAUCCGGCAAAUUCUGUAAAAUAUUCAAACUCAAUCUGGACUUUCAUCUGGCCGCCCGCCCAAUCGCAACCCGAUUCCGUAACGUUUUCGAACCAGAAGUCAGGUUUUUUUUAUUAUUAUUCCGAUAUCUUCUCCAUAGUAAGGACGGUGUGUGGCGGGUAGUGUACCAGGAACGGACUUCUUAUCAGUUGUGCCACGAUAGUGAUAGGGCAGUGUUUAUCCGGCAGCAUUGAUAGCAAGUUUGCUGGCCCCUAAAUUCGGUUUCCCUGAACCCUUCAUUCGUUUUGCCGAUCGCCCGACGGAUGGUGUGUAGUGUGUUUGCUUUGUGCGACCCGUAGCGGCAGUGGAGUGUCUCAGCUCGAGUGCGCGGAUUAGCGAGUUGGCCGGGUUCGAAAGGGACGAACGAUGGGCAGAGCGCGGACCGUAUGGUUGGUGGUGAUCGUGUGUGGUGCGGUGCUAACCGUGGCAAGUGCCCGCGAGGCCAGUGGACAAGGUGAGUCCACGUACGAAGAAUACGAUGACGAGGGCCCGUACCAGGGCGGUUACCGGGAGGAGGAGGAGCAGGACUACUUGGACCACCUGGAGGACUUCGCCGUCCACGAGGAUGUGCUCGAUCCGAUCACUGACGAUGACAUUUCUUACUCAGGGUACGAUUACGAGGAACCGCUGGAAGACGAUGGUGUAUCGUCGGCGAGUUCCGUAGUGGCCGCACCCGCUACGACCGCGUUUUCAGUGCAGCCGGUGGGUCAGCGUGUUGGGAACGAUUCGUUUGGUGAAAUGGAAGAAAAGCUGUCCACCUUGCUGAACGAGGGCGAACCUAGUACGGUACACCCCGUCAGCAAGGUGACGGGAGUGGUCGAUGGAACGUCCACCGCUCCAGCGCCGGGGGAGGAGGAACAAAGUUGCCGGGGCCGUAAGAGACUAUCAUCCCAGCCGACGUUCGUUAGCCGCGACCAGAGCGUGAUCAGAAAGUGUUGCCCGAAAGGCGAAACCCUGGCAAAGGAACAUCCCAAGUACGCGUCCUGUAAGCCGAACGCACCUAGUGGAAGCAAACUGCCGCAGGCGAUAGUGGCCCAAUUCUAUCAGGACUGCAUCGAGGACCUGGAGGAGGACAUCGAGCUGGACGUGCGGUUCGGCAAUCCUUGCCCGAGCGAGGGCGCAAUGGUGAUGUACGGCGAGCGUACGAACGAUACGCUGUACAUUAUACAGAAUGGGUCGCUGCUGGUGAUUUACAGCAUCAACGAUUACGACGUGUACGAUACGUACUGUUUGGAUUAUGAUCGCGAGGAUGGCACGUUGGUCGGGUACGUGUGCCCGUCGGAGGUGCGCGUAAUGGUGGACCUCGUCAAGGGUCAGCUGUUUCUGCUCACCAUCUGCCUGAUCGUGGCCAUCCCGGGGCUGCUCGUUACGGCGGUGCUGUACAUCGUCAUACCGAAGCUGCACGAUCUGCACGGCCGUGCGUUGGCCCUGAACUGUGUUAACUUUGCCAUUGCGCUGCUGCUGGAAUGCUUCUUCCAGUACAGGAACCGGGGCAAGCGGAUGCUGAUGGAUGAUAUGGUGCUGGAGAACUACGCCGAGUACUUCAUACUGGCCACCUUCUUCUGGCUGCUGGUGAACUGUGCGAACAAUUGUUUCCAUGCCUGGUAUUACGUGCCGCGGGGCAAGAAGUUUAACAUGCGGGAAGAAAAUCGGCGAUUCGCACUGUACGCCGCAUUCGCACAGCUCGUCCCACUGUGGAUUGUACUGUGCUACUCGACGACACCGGCAGGAACGCCUGCCAUUAAGCAUUAUCUCUUCAUCCCGAUCGGUGCGACGUUGGGUUUGGGUUUGAUAUGUCUGCUGGUAACGUUGGUUGGGUUGCAGCGGUUGAAGGAGAGCUACUACACCUGUCACGAAAUACGGCGCCGUCUGGUGCUGGAAGGGCGUUUCGAAGAGCUGCGCGACUACGAGCCCGUCAAUGGACGGAAAGUGAACAAGGUGAUCUACAUGUCCAAGUACACGGUACCGCUGUUUCUGGUGAUGGGCAUCAUCUGGACCGUGAUGGCGGUGACGUACUACACCACGUACGAGCUGCCAAUCUUCUACGACAUCCUGUUCGGCUUUCAGGGCAUCCUGAUGUUCAUCAUCUUCGUCUGUAUGCCGCGCCCGUGGGACACAAUUAAGGUGUGGUUCGUGAGCAAAAACUGCUGUGUGUGGAUGUGCCACACCGAGCAGCCCGAUGCGCAGACGGUGGAGGAACAGGCGCCAAUGGCGCGACGGUUCGUCCCGGUACAGAUGGCCGCCGCCCGAGGCGUGUGUAAUGGUGUGUAUAUGCCUGAAACGAAGCAGCUUACGCGGAGCAAAAAUCCCUUCACCUAUCUGGAGGAGGUGUAAGAGUCCCGGGGCGUCACCGUUGAUGGUUUUGUAUACCUGCUGCAACAAUUACACACGAGUACAAACACUUGUGCAGAUUAGCGUCCUGGAGUGUCUGGAUGAGACACUAAUUAAUCAGCAUUAAUGCAUUAAUUCUUUGCGGACAUCUUCGUAGCGGAAGCCAAUAAUUUUUAAAUAGUCUAUACCAACGUUAAGCUCAACUGUAGUAGUAAAGUAAUGAAGCUAAUUUUUUUUUCUCCCGAUGUCCCAUUACACGGAAGCGCUACCGCGUAUUACGACGCGUGCAGCAACGUCGAACGUCGAUUAAUAAACCAGUGACGAAUAAACAGCGAGAGAAAGCAUUGAUUACUACAGAGGGCAGGAUUCUACAAUGCCCACUAGGUUUAGGGUGCAGAACACUUCCACAUUACCAUUAGCUUACAUGCCGUAAAUCGGGAGGCUCUAGUUUACUAACUCUUACUAAUUAAAAGUAGGUUCGGCUAUAGGAGUAACCUUAAAUCUGGUACCGUUCGAAGGUGAAAUGAAACAAUUUCAUUUAACGUUUAUUUGUAAUUCGUCAAUACGAGGGAAUAGCGUGUCGCUUUAUCUACCUGUGUGUUGUGGUUGUUGUAUUUUGUUUGUUUUUUUUUCUUGUUUCGACUUAACAAGAUCACCAACAAAAAAUUAAUAUAUAUGUGUUAAGUGUAGAUUUUUAAAAUUCUAAUCGUCCAGUAUUUACUU